CUGAAUCCUACUCACCACCUAACUAAGUGGCCAUUUAGCCAAACCGAGUCCCGAAUUUCAGGUGCCAAAAACGGCGAAAACUUCGAAUGGGCUUUGUUACGAGGCGGAAACAUUGUCAGAAAACUUGGAAAUGAGGCUACGCUUCAUAUAAAGAGCGCCGAGCCUACAAACGACUUUGGAGUGUACAGAUGCAAUGUAGAAGACGAUAACGGAGUCGUCAUUGGCAGCGCAUACACGGCUGUUACCGUCGGAUAUGGCUCACCGACUAAUGCUCAAGUUGUCAAGUUUGACGAGAAAUCCGAUGCGACGUUUACUUGCCCAGUCUAUUCAGUUCCUGGAUCCAAGGUGGUGCAAUGGUCGAAGACGGAUGCAGAAGAACUUCCUCGAAAUGCUAUUCCAAAUGGCAACAAGCUUGAGUAUGAGUACAAUUACAGAAUCAAAGAUUUCGACGACAGUACGUCGGGAAUGUACAUGUGCCGAGUCACCUUUGAUGACAACGUUGUCGAGGGCUAUGUUGACGCCCAGAUAUUCGGUUCGCUUUCAUUCCAUAAAUUUGUGUGGGGGCAUCACUGUGCUUGUUUACAGUUCCCGACACAAUUAUUCAAGUUCUGCUCGAUGUCUCUUCGGAGUCGGUCAAUGUUGGAGAUCGCGCUUGGUUCGACUGUAAGCGUAGCAUUCGGUGGUCUGAGUUUAUAUAAACAUGUAAAGGUGACCGGAGAUCCGUCAGCAGUUAUUAUGUGGUCAAAGGAGGACACCGACGAACUGCCAGAAAAUUCGCAGGUAAUUCAGGUUGUUCGUGAAGAUUAUGUACCCAUUCCUACAGUGUCUUGUUUAUGAAC